GAAAAUUAAAGAAAGAUUAAGAAGUGAAAAUAAUAGAUUGGAAUAAGAAACAUGAAGAUGAAGAGGAGGAGGAGGAGGAGGGGAAAGCGAGCGACAAGUGGGCCAACUGAUGAUCAACAUGGUGAAUGAUGAAAUUGCCUUACUAUUAGAACCGGUUAUUCCAGCUAACUGAUCAACAACAACAUGAAAUUAAAUCAAAAGUAAAAAUCAGCAGUUACUAAACACUAACAACUGAAAAUCAUUUUUUGACGUUCGUUUCUUUUGUCUUCCUUGUUGCUUUACAAUUUCCCUCACAUUCAUUUAAACGAAUAUUUCAUUUUGUGAUUUUAUUCCCUUUUCCGUCAUCUAACACCAACAUGGCCAUCUUUUUGAUUAUUUGAAAUAUGUGUUCAAGUCAAUUGUUUAACUGAUAAACAAUACUGUUAAACAAUGAGUCGGACAGAUCGAAGCGCCCAAAAUGUUAGACGUCUACGAGAAGCCUUUAGGCAGGAAUACACGACCAAUCCUGAUCUUUAUUAUGAAGAAGAUUACCAAAAGCUGGAAACAGAUGAUUGGUACGUGAAACGGUUCUUUUUGGCUCGCAAUCGUAAUGAGACUGAGGCUCUUCGUAUGAUAGUUGAGACCAUGAAAUGGAGGAAAGAAAUCAAGAUCAGAGAAUUUCGUGAUUACCAUUUCCCGAUUGAGUUUUACAAGAUUGGUGCUUUGUUCAUCUAUGAAUGUGAUCGAAAUGGUUUCCUUACUGUUUACAUAAGGGUCAAGAUGCAUCGCAAGAUUCCUGAAUUGGAUGAUCAUUCGAGGAAAUUUUUGAUUCACGUUCUGAAUAAAGCGGAUAUCAUGACUGGAGGAAAUGGCAUUGGUGUAGUUUUUGACGUGACUGGAGCUGGUUAUCGUAAUCUAGACUGGGAUUAUCUAAAGUUUCUCAUCAAUUCUGGAUCAAAUUAUUUCCCAGUUGGUGUUAAGUACAUCUUGGUUGUCAAUGUUCCUUGGGCAUUCAAUGCUGUUAGACGAGCCGCUCUUUCCUUUCUACCAGCUUCUCUAUUUGGUUUGAUCAAAUUUGCCAAUGGAGAUGAAAUUUUCAAUUUCAUUGACAAAGCCUCGGCCCCUGACUAUCUCGGUGGAACCUGUAAACGUAAUUACAGAGCCAUUCCUCCUGGAAGUCGACCAGUUUCUCAGGUGGUCACUGAAUUCGGUUACUCCACAGAAGACAUUGAUAGGAUUUUACCAGAAUUUGCUGAUGCAUUGGAAGAAGCUUCAAAAGCUUUGGAAACAGGCGACUAUAUUAACCCAAGCUCAGACUUUUGGGACUCAUUGGAAGAGGAAAGCGAUAUUAAAGAUGAAAUAAGAGAAUCUGGAACAAAAGAUUCAGCAAUCAAAUGUAUUAUAGUCAACCCAUCAAAAAGUUUAAUGUUUAGAUAUGAUUACUGUGAUCGAGCUUAUGAAGCCACUUUAGUGAUAUCUAAUCCAUUGGAAUCUCCUGUUGCCUUUAAAAUUCAGUCAACAAAUCCAUCAAAAUACACUGUCAGCCCAAGUCUGGGAAUCAUUUUACCAAAGAGAACGAUAACUGCAACAAUUAAAUUUAACCAAGACUCAGGAUCUGCUAUAAAGAAAGAUAAAUUUUUAAUACUCGGUUUACCAAUUGAAAGAACAUGGUUAACAGUUGAAGAUUUUUAUGCCCUUUGGGUUCAGCACAAAGACGACAUUUAUUCACACAAAUUGCUACCUUUUUCGGAGGCUGACCAUUGUUAUGAUGAGACCAAAAACGUGGAUGAUUAUGGUGAUAAUAACACGAUAAGACGUAAAUUGAUGCACAAUGGGGGAACAAUUAUCAAUGGUGAUUCGAGGAGCAACAUGGAUGAACAUGAUCAACAAAUCAGCCGAUUAACAGAAAGAAUCAACAUGUUGGUCAAUCAACAAAAGAAGACAUGGAUUUUUCUCAUUAUCAUCAUUCUCCUCUAUCUUCUUGUUUUGUCUUACAUUUUGUUGUCUGAUCAUUCAUUUGACUCAGUUCAUUUAUUUCAGGAUUAUUCCGCUAAAAUGAUGGAAUCUUUGAGGUAAUAUUGUAAAUGAAAAUAACGAUCUUCCGUUGUUCAGUGUUUUGUAUUGAUUGGGAAAUCAUUGUUUUUUGAUUUUUUUUCAGGUAAAAAUUGUACUUAACUUUAACAUUGCCAGUAAAUUGUUCGUGUUGCUUUUUAAUCAUAAUUUGUAAUUAGAGCUGAUGACUUAAAGAGUUAAAGAUUA